CGAGAAACCAUUCUUAUUCCGGGUCGUUCUGUAUUGUUAUGCUAAGUGCAAAACAGCAUUAGGAGCUUCAGGUUAUAAUAAAUACAGUCGUCAUUUGAGGUUUAGAAAACUACUACUUCAAAUUAGUAAAAUACUACGACAGGAUGCAAAGACCACAGUUUCGCCAUCCGCGCCAGGGCUCGGGUCCACGGGCAGCAGGUUUCCGCAGCCCGCCUCCAGUUUAUGAAAGGACAGGGAACAUGUUUCCAUCGCCUCCGUGGGCAUUAUCCGGCCCUCCGCCGCCGUUUGGACCGAGAUUUGGACCGUGUUCUCCCAAUACCCCGCCGAGAGAGUUUGGUGGUAAUAGGGGUGGUGGUGGGAAAUAUAAUAACGGUCAGUCUCCAAAUCUAACACCGCACAGAUCGAACGCCAGUCCCCGAGGCGCACCGUUCAGACGCUCGCCGUAUGAGAGUCCCGGGCGACACUCUGGAUAUCAGGGUUCACCACGGACAUCAACACCAUAUGGUUCAGCGCAUGGCAGGGAGAGAGGGACAAAUGAUAUGGAAAAGUAUUACAAACCAUCAAUGCUUCAAGAUCCCUGGGCUGAACUACAGCCUAUCUCAGUCACACAAACUCAGUCUAAAUGCAACUCCAAACAAACCAAUACAAGCAGACAAGGGAGGUACUACAAUUAAAACGCAGUACAUUUCUCUAACUUCAGUGAGAGGCGAAAGUCACUGAACAGUCCUUUUUAUUUAGUGCAGCAGCUGUAGUGCACUAAACUUUUAAAGUCAAACGGAGCCAGACGAACACAUGGACCUGAGGCAGGAUUCACCAGCAAUAAUUCUUGAGAAACUUGACUCCACAGCAUUUUUAUGUACUUUCUUGUAUUAAGAGACCUUCUCUUUUACUUUUAUAUCUGCACUUCAACGUCAGGAUCAUAAAAAUGGGGUGCGUUUGUAACUGGCAGCCUAUUGAAAAUAGCUUGCCGUCUCUGACACACUCCCAUGGAGUUUGCAAAUCUUUCAUUGAAUUCCGAGGAAUAUGUCUUCAAGCUCAAAAUGCAGUCUAACAAAAGAGAUGUCUGAUCAUCACCACAUCCACCUACCUCUCAGUAUUGACUGUGCUGUUAAACUAGAACGGGUCAAGUAUUUGUAGGUUUGGCUCCUUUCCUAAUUUUCUAUGGACUGUUUUUUGUUUUUUAAACUUUUUAUUUUUGGUGACACUUUUUUGGUUUUAUUAAAAUCUAUGGCUUUCUUUUCUGCAUAUAUAUAAAAAAAACAUGAUUAACAGAUAAUGUCAUUAUAAAUUGCCCUCAAAGGACCAUUGUUGGAUUAUAAGCCUAAUUUAAUUAAACUUUGAAAAUCAAUACAGUCCUUGUCAAAAAACAAACAUUGAAAGUGAAAAUCUGUUGCGCUUUAUUUACUAGUAAAAACAUGUUUAAUAUCUUCAAAGUUAAUCUUACUGUGGAUUUUUGAAGAUAAUGUAGGUAACGCCACAGCAUUACUACACGUCCAAGGAAGUUGUAAUUCAGUAACUACACUUUUUGCUGUAGGAUAUGCCAUAUGAAUCUAAUGUUAAAGGUCUACAAAAUAGAUUUUUAUUAAUGUAAUCGAACCAUUUACAUUUUGAAGUUUAGUAUGCUUAAAUGUUUGCUUUUCGUUUUCAUUCAACAUUCGUAUCACCAGAAUUGCUGUUGUAAUACUACAUUAGUGAUGUCCAUUUUUAUGUCUUUAAAUUUAACCUUAUUUAGCAUUAAGAUUACUGCAUGUUUAGCAUUUGCCAAAAGACACUCAAAAUAUAGAAUGAAAUGAAAACAUUUCAUCUUGUACAAGUAAUAAGAAAGACUCAAACAAUAGAGGCUUAUAUUAAAAUGUCUUGUAUUGUAAACAUAUAGCACUCAAAGUCAGUCACUUUUUUUAUUUUUACACAAGUAAUGAAGUGUUUCUUGAGGCAUCCGCCAUUGAUAAGUCAGCAUCAUUGCCCCGUGGCACACUCACCUCACAGACCAAUCGAGAGCUUCGUUUGAAGGGUAGUAACCCACUAUGACAGAUAAAACAGAGGGAACAAAAAAAGUUGCAAACGCCACAGUGCACACAUAGAUUUAGGUGAAGACAGUUAAAGGAAGCUGUGUUUUAGCUGCAAAAGAACAAUAUUUGGUAGAAGCCAGAAUAAUGUGGAAAUAAACUGUCAACAUCACAUUUAUGUACACAUGGAUGUGCUUAUUCAAAACCAUUCAUCUAAGGGUGACUCUGAGGUGUCUGAAAUGCAGAUUAUGUCCAGCCCUUUUAGAGUUUCUUAGUUUUAGUAUGAGCGAGUAUGAUUCCGCAAUAUACUCUUGCCCUCAAAAUAACUAAAAUUCGGAACAUUUUAAUUUACAAUAGAAAAUAUAAUUACACUGGAUAAAAGUUAAAAGAAAAUUUAAAUUGCAUAUAAGUUCUAAUAAAGUACACACUUCAGUCUGUAAUAAAACAUUCCGACCCGUUUUCACAGUAAAGUUGACAAGCUAGAUGAUGCUCUCAUUUCUAAAUGGCAAAAUCCAUGUGUUAUUUUGGGACCCAUAGAAAAGCACAAAUAAAACCUCUAAAUCUGGUGCCAUGCACACAGGGAUGAGUGAAUAAGCCCUUUUGACUAUAAGUAUAUUAUGCAUGAAAGAUUAGUUUGUUAAAUCACAUAUUUGAAACAAGUUUGAUGCACUAAGGAAAUUAAGAUGAAAUAAGGGACAGUGCCAAAUGUUCUGAAAUGCAUGUCAUUUUACACUUUAGAGAGUGUUUGAAUUAAAUCAAAUUUUUUUCGUAAAAGCCAAUUUCUAUAAACUCCAUUAAUUCUUGAGUUCAUUAGAUAUUCAGCUGUUUUUAAUCAUUUGCGCAUUGCCUUAGGAAGUAUUUAGCAAUGCCCAUGUUAGACGAAGUCAUAUAGCUGUAAUUUUCUUUUAGAUAGGUGCCUAAAAG